CGGCCCGCGCCGUGCCCGCGGCCCCGGGCUCCGGAUGGAAACGACAGGAAUGUCCCUGAAACGUGGAUGCGUUGUUGUGGAAGAUAGUGACAGUGUGGCCCCAGCUGAGGAGACAAAGAAACCGAAAAUCGCUGAGUGCUGUCUGACCAAAGGUCAAGAUGGGGUGGAAGAUGACUGUGUGCCCAGCAGUGAGAACGAGCCUGGGCUGCCAGAGGCUGGAGUUGCUGGGAAAGGUGACAAGAAUUCCAGCGCUGAGGUGGAGGAGGAGGAGGAAGAUGGCCUGUCAGAGGAGGAGGAGAAAGAAGAGGAGGAGCCAGAGAGUUUUGCAGAUAUGAUGAAACAUGGACUCACUGAACUUGAUGUGGGCAUCACCAAAUUUGUGAGUUCUCAUCAAGGAUUUUCAGGAAUCUUGAAAGAAAGAUACUCUGACUUCGUCGUUCAUGAAAUAGGAAAAGACGGUCGGAUCAGCCAUCUGGAUGACUUGUCUGUUCCAGUGGAUGAGGAGGAUCCUUCAGAAGACGUAUUUACGAUUUUGACAGCUGAAGAAAAGCAGCAGUUGGAAGAGCUGCAACUUUUCAAGAACAAAGAAACCAGUGUUGCCAUCGAGGUUAUUGAGGACACCAAAGAGAAAAGAACUGCCAUCCAUCAAGCUAUUAAAGCUUUGUUUCCGGGGUUAGAGACCAAAACAGAGGACAGAGAAGGCAAGAAAUAUGUUGUCGCCUACCACGCAGCUGGAAAAAAGGCUUUGGCAAAGGUCAGAACUGCAGCAGAUCCAAGAAAACAUUCUUGGCCAAAAUCUAGGGGAAGUUACUGCCACUUUGUUCUGUACAAGAAAAACAAAGAUACCAUGGAUGCUAUUAAUGUGCUGUCCAAAUAUUUAAGAGUAAAGCCAAACAUAUUCUCCUAUAUGGGAACCAAAGACAAAAGGGCCAUUACCGUUCAGGAAAUUGCUGUUCUCAAAAUCAGUGCACAAAGGCUGGCUCACCUGAAUAAGUGCUUGAUGAACUUCAAGCUAGGGAACUUCAGCUACCAGAAAACCCCUCUGAAACUGGGAGAGCUUCAAGGAAAUCACUUCACGGUCGUUCUCAGGAACAUCACAGGAACUGACGAACAAGUACAGCAAGCUAUGAAUUCUCUCAAGGAGAUUGGAUUCAUCAACUACUACGGAAUGCAAAGAUUUGGAACUACUUCUGUCCCCACCUAUCAAGUUGGAAGGGCUAUUCUACAAAACUCCUGGACAGAAGUUAUGGAUUUAAUACUGAAGCCCCGUUCUGGAGCUGAAAAGGGGUAUUUGGUUAAAUGCAGGGAAGAGUGGGCGAAGACCAAGGACCCAGACGCUGCCCUCAAAAAGCUCCCUGUCAAAAGGGGUGUGGAGGGGCAGCUGCUCCGAGGACUCUCCAGAUACGGAAUGAAGAACAUCGUCUCUGCCUUCGGCAUAAUACCAAGAAAUAAUCGCUUAAUGUAUAUUCAUAGUUAUCAAAGCUAUGUGUGGAACAACAUGGUGAGCAAAAGGAUAGAAGACUACGGGCUGAAACCUGUCCCAGGAGACCUUGUUCUCAAAGGAGCCACAGCCACCUAUAUUGAGGAAGACGAUGUUCAUAAUUACUCCAUUCAUGAUGUUGUAAUGCCUUUGCCUGGUUUUGAUGUUAUCUACCCAAAACAUAAAAUUAGUGAAGCCUACAGGGAAAUGCUCACAGCAGACAACCUUGAUAUUGACAACAUGAGACACAAAAUUCGAGAUUAUUCCUUAUCGGGGGCCUACCGAAAGAUCAUUAUUCGUCCUCAGAAUGUCAGCUGGGAAGUCGUUGCAUAUGAUGAUCCUAAAAUCCCACUUUUGAACACAGACGUGGACAAGUUGGAAGGAAAACCACCACCAGUUUUUGCCUCUGAAGGCAAAUACAGGGCUCUGAAAAUGGAUUUUUCUCUUCCUCCUUCUACUUAUGCUACCAUGGCCAUUCGAGAAGUGCUAAAGAGAGAUACCAGCAUCAAGAAACAGACCCAGCUGAAUACAACCUGGCUCCGCUAACAAGUUCCUGGCCCUCAGAAGAGAAGAUGGACUUAAGAGUUUGCUUACUUAUAUCUCCUGGUCUUUUUUUUUUUUUUUUUAAGUACAGACCCAUGUUUGGAUUUUGAACCUUUGUAGCAUAGGAUAAUUUGUAUUUUUUAAAUUUUUUAUCAGCUUCAAGAAUAAUUUGCAGUAUUUGUGUGUGUAUGUGUGUGUAUAGAUAUAUAUAUAUAUACACAUAUAUAUAUACAUACAUACAUACAUACAUAUAUAUAUGUGUGUGUGUGUGUGUAUAUAUAUGUAUAUAUAUACACACACACAAACACACACACACACACACACACAAAUCCCAAGGAUUGUAAUUAUAGCUCAGAAGGUAUAAAUUGGUCAGAGUAUAUUUUAGGUGCUUAAAUCAUAGUACAGCAUCAGCUUUGCUGGCUUUCUUGUAAAAGAAGGACUUUGGUUUAACAUUACAGUUUUAGAUUUCACCACAUACUUGAAGAGUAACAGGAAUUUUUUUAACACAGCCACGAAUGGACUACACAACAGUUCAUCUUAAGAGCAAAUGCAAUGAAUGCUGACUUUAGGAAGUGGAGGGUCCACUCAAGACUAGGUAGUCACCAUGCCGAUUUGCAUGGCAGUGUAAAGGUCAUCAAACCCAGAAGUGCUUGUCACUGUGCAGCUAUGGACCAGAUCCAGGUAGGCAUUCGUGGAUUUACGAGCUUACAAUGGCUUUGCAUUUAUAAUAUUUAUGGUCUUUCAGGAGAGUUGCAAAGAUAGGGCCUUUUUUAUAAAGUCAACAUGUAGCCAUUUUUGUUGGUUAAGGUCUAAUUUUACUCUAGGUGCCUUUUAUGUUCAGAACUCUUUUCAGCAGACUUGCAUUUGCUCAAAAAUGAUGGCAGAGACAAAAACCUUAAAUCUGUACAAGGGCUCUUAUCAGCGACGUUUACUCAUGGUCCCCAACUGCUUGAGUAUUUCCCUUUCUGUACUUCAUGAAAGGUUCCCCUGGUGUGAAAACACAGAUCUACCUUUCCAAAGUUGUAUAACAUAAUUGUACCAACUUUUAUUUUCUAUCAUUUAUAGAUAAAUAUUUUUAAGAAUUCCUUUCUACCAAUUAUGUAAAUAAGUUCAAUAAAUAUCUAAAACUGA